AUGGCGAUGAACAAGAUCCGAGGCGCCUUCGCUGUGCCCCGGAAAGGAGAGACGUUUGAAUUGCGAGCUGGCCUUGUUUCCCAGUAUGCCUACGAACGGAAAGAGUCCAUCCAGAAGACAAUCAUGGCCAUGACUCUGGGCAAGGAUGUUUCUGCUCUCUUCCCCGAUGUGCUCAAGAACAUCGCAACUGGCGAUUUGGAACAGAAGAAACUGGUCUACCUGUACCUCAUGAAUUACGCCAAAUCGCAUCCAGAUCUUUGCAUUCUCGCCGUCAAUACGUUCGUGCAAGACUCGGAAGACCCGAACCCGUUGAUUCGUGCCCUCGCCAUUCGAACUAUGGGCUGCAUUCGCGUGGAGAAGAUGGUGGACUAUAUGGAGGAACCGCUGCGCAAGACCCUUCGUGACGAGUCGCCUUAUGUCCGCAAGACAGCUGCGAUCUGUGUGGCAAAGCUCUUCGAUUUGAACCCGGCUAUGUGUCUUGAGAAUGGAUUCUUGGAGAUGCUGCAGGAGAUGAUCGGUGAUCCUAACCCGAUGGUGGUGGCCAACUCAGUAACUGCGCUUUCGGAGAUUUCCCAUACGGCCCCCGAGACCCAGGCCUUGCAAGUGACUCCCAACACACUACGGAAGAUGCUUAUGGCAUUGAAUGAGUGCACGGAGUGGGGACGAGUGACCAUUCUCUCGACCUUGGCAGAGUACCGGACCGCCGACGUGAAGGAGUCGGAGCACAUCUGUGAGCGUGUCGCACCUCAAUUCCAACAUGCCAACCCCAGUGUGGUUCUUGCGGCAGUCAAGGUUGUCUUCUUGCACAUGAAGUUUGUCGGCCCGGAGCUGGCGAAAACCUAUCUGAAGAAGAUGGCCCCUCCUCUUGUGACACUGGUAUCUUCCGCUCCUGAAGUGCAAUAUGUGGCUUUGAGAAACAUCGAUCUUUUGCUGCAGAAACAGCCUGAUAUCCUCAACAAAGAACUUCGAGUGUUCUUCUGCAAAUAUAACGACCCCCAAUAUGUCAAGUUCCAGAAGCUGGAGAUUAUGGUGCGGAUAGCAAACGACCGCAAUGUUGACCAGCUCUUGGCCGAGUUGAAGGAAUACGCUCUGGAGGUGGAUAUGGACUUUGUUCGACGUGCCGUCAAGGCCAUUGGCCAGGUUGCUAUCAAGAUAGAGAGCGCCAGCGAGAAGUGCGUGAACACACUGCUGGACUUGAUCAACACCAAGGUCAACUAUGUCGUCCAGGAGGCUAUUGUUGUUAUCAAGGAUAUCUUCCGAAAGUACCCCGGCUACGAAGGUAUCAUCCCUACUCUGUGCCAGUGCAUCGACGAGCUAGAUGAGCCUAAUGCCAGAGCGGCUCUGAUCUGGAUUGUGGGUGAGUAUGCCGAGAAGAUCAGCAACGCUGGUGAUAUCCUGGGUAGUUUCGUCGAUGGAUUCAACGAAGAAUUCUCUCAGACUCAAUUGCAAAUCCUCACAGCGGUGGUCAAGCUCUUCCUCAAGCGGCCCGAGAAGGCCCAGGGCCUUGUCCAGCGAGUUCUCCAGGCCGCCACUGCCGAAAACGAUAACCCGGAUGUCCGUGACCGAGCGUAUAUCUACUGGCGUCUCUUGUCCAACACCAGCGAUUCGAACGCCACCAAGAACAUUGUCCUUUCGGACAAGCCUCCUAUCGUCACCACCAUUUCCUCAUUACCGCCAGCUCUCCUGGAUCAGCUCCUCCAGGAACUGUCUACUCUUUCUUCCAUUUACCACAAGCCCUCUGAGCAGUUUGUUGGACAAGGUCGCUUCGGUGCCGAUGCCGUCCAACGAGCCGCCAUCGAGGAACAACUUCAAAAUGCACGCGAAAACCCCCUAGCUGCGGCUGCAGCCGCCGCGGUCAGCGGCGACACGCCCUCGGCGCCUGCGCAAAACAACAUCGAGAGCUUGCUGGACAUCGAUUUCGACGGUGGCGCCCCUGCAUCCGCACAUCCAGAGGCAUCAGGUGGCAUGUCAGGCCUCGAGGGUCUAGCCGGCACCCCAGUUCGGAUGCAGUCCCCUGCUGUCGGUUCUCCUGCACCCCAGGCAAGCAACAACCUGGACGACUUGCUGGGUGUGUUUGGGGACUCUGGGCCUGCGCAGCCGUCAUCUAGCGACGCGAAUGGUAGUGGAGCUGCCGGUGAUCUUAUGAAUGGGUUCUCGGGCCUCGACCUGUCGAGCAAUGCGCCUCUGGCGGACAGCCAGCCUAAGAAGUCGAACCAGGAUAUCAUGGACCUGUUCUAG